UUCUUUUAACAACCCGACCAGCUUCUCCGAGAAGCAGCCGACGCUCAAGUGACCAUCACGCUCCCACCUUUCUUCGUCAGUCCGCGCUCACAAUAAACCCUAUUAAAAAAAAAGAAAGGAGAAAAAAAAGGAAAAAGAAAAUCCUCACUCUCUCAUGUCGACUCCUUCUCAGUCCAAUGGAGAUGACGCCUUCAGCCUUCGGAUCGUCACUCUCGAUUACUACAUGUCGCCGCCGAUCCCCGAUCUCGGCCUCUCCUACAGCAGCUUCCAAGGUAGAAGUGUGGAGGAGGUCCCUGUUAUAAGGAUUUAUGGCUCCACUCCCGCGGGACAGAAGGCUUGCCUUCACAUUCACCAGGUCUUACCAUAUUUGUAUAUUCCAUGUCCGGACAAUGCACUUAAAAGUCCAGAAGAAGGUCAGAAAUUUGUACAUACUCUAUCAAAUGCCCUCGAGAAGGCUUUAAAGUAUAAAGGGAAUUCCACUUCUAAAAGACAACAUGUGCAUGAGUGUUGCCUUGUUCGAGCAAAGAAGCUCUAUGGUUAUUACCCAUCGGAUGACCUGUUUAUAAAGAUCUAUUUAUAUUAUCCUCAUGAAGUUGGUCGUGCUGCUAGCAUGCUUUUGGAUGGUGCUGUUCUCAGAACAAACUUUCAGCCUUAUGAAUCUCAUAUUCCUUAUCUACUUCAAUUUUUGGUUGAUUAUAAUUUAUACGGAAUGAGUCAUAUACAUCUUUCAAAGUUUAAAUUCCGUCCUCCAGUACCAGAUGCAUAUAUCCCUACGGUACCUUGCUUCCAGGGACAUGGUCUGCAGGUACUAGAAAUUUUGGUUUCCGUUGCAUUUUAUUUGGUGGUCUCUCUGAGCCUUAUUGGUGAUAUUAUCUGGCCAGAGUCAUCUAUUGAGGGUGGAGUUGGAGAUAAGUCCAAUCACCUCUUUAGGCGCCAGAGUAUCUGUGCUCUCGAAGUGGAUGCCAGUGUAAAUGGCAUUCUCAACGAGAAAUGUAAAAUGUACACAUCUCUUUCUCAGACUAGAGCUGAGGUUAAAAUGGUCCAAUCACUUGUGCCAAUUUGGGAGGAGGAAUAUGAACGAUCAGGAAUACCAGAUGCAAUACCUUAUCCUGAUUCGUGCAAGCCUACUCCUGCGAAUGUUCUUGGUUGUUUCAACCAUGGACUCGAAUAUGAAAAGGCUCUUAUUGAUUUAUAUAUGAGGAUAGAUAAAAUAUUUCCUUCUCAAGUUUCUGCUAUCAAAGAGGAUGGGGAUAAAUAUUCUCCCAGUUCCUGCAGUCCUUUUCAGGAGCCUUUGAAGUCUUCCACUGAAGGAAGUAACAAUGCUGCUCUGCCAUGUAGACCUUUUUCUCAAGAUAGAGAAAAUGCUACAUUGUCUGAAAUGUGCAGAAAUGCAGAAAUGGAGACUUUAGAUGCAGAAGCCCUUGGGCUUCUAAGAUGGCUUGCAUCGUCGCAAGCUGCUGUAGAUGUUACUGUUGAUGAUGACAUCACUCAUGAAGCAAUUUUAAGUCCAAUAUUGUCUGCAAAAUCCUACAAGGAGGCACUGGAGCUCGAUUCUCUUGAAGGUUUUCGUGGGACUGAGGGAUCAACGGGACAAUUGCCCCAUUCUACUGAUCAAGAUUUAACAAUCAGUACUUCAUCAGGUAACGCGAUCCCUCAAGCUGAUGGUUCAUUUGAUGAUGAUUUGAGUACUCAUCAGAAAGGUCAUCUUUCUGAAGCUAAUAUGACUAGUGGAAGAGAUAAAUAUUCUGUCCGUGAGGUGGAGAGGUGCAGCAGUACAGGAUCCAGCAAAAAGCAAAAAAGAAAUAAGCUUUUGCGGGGCCCUCUACCUUUUUCCUUUAAACAGGAGGGGCAGAAAAGUUCUGAACCUGCUUGCUUGGCUUCUCCUUAUGACCAAGAUAUGAAAAGUGAUUGUGAAUCUAGUUUUUCAUCUGGGAGCAAAAUGAAUAGACGUUGUGACACAGCUCUGAAGACCUAUGAUGAAAAAGGAGAACUUGCAGCGCUAAAUUCUGUUAGGGACUUGAUGAGGAGAAAACGUUGCCUUCGAACUGAGCAAUUAGACACUGUGGUAAAAAAUAUUGAGAUGAUGGAUCUUUGUACAGAGGAACUAAUACAUCACAAAUCUGAGUCAGAGAUAUGCACUGUUGUACCUCAGGAGUGUCCUACCAUCAAAUCAUGUAGUAUGGCCCAGGCUAGCAGGGUUCGAGAGAAAUUAUCACACAGCAAACCUUGCAUUCACCCUGUACACACAGAUGGAGGUCAGUCUCUGCACAGUGACCUUUGUUCACCAACAAACCAGAUGUCAUCAGUAUCAUUUUUAAGAAAUCAAGCCAUGCAAUCAAAUAUGCCACCAUAUAAAAAGCUACAUCUUCAACAAGAAUCUGCCGAUGGAGGUUGUGUUGGAGCUAACAAUGAAUCACAGGGUUUUGUGCAGAAAUCUAUGUCUCUUUUUGUUGAAAAUUUAAAUGUUGAUGGUUUGGAGUUUCAUAAGUUUAAUAAACAAUUUGCUGACGGACCACAUGAGGAAAAGAUGGGUAUCUGUAAAAGAAAUUUGACUACCAUUAAUGUUCAACAGCCAGUAAUGCAUGAUACAAAAGAGCACAAGAAUGACCUGGACAAUGAGAUUACUGAACACAUAAAUAGUCCAUUGAAUCGUGACCUCUAUACAUGCAAUAAUUUGAGCAAGCUAACAGAUACAGGAUACAUUGAGAUGACUUUUAGCACGAGACCUCCCUCUAGAGAUGAGUUGGGCGAUCUUUCAGGGGAUUCUGCUGGGAUAAUGGCACAUGCUGAGGACAGUGUAUGCAUCAAUACUGGUAGGCAAUGUGAAGAUGACGUUCUUCCAUUUUUUUCACGGAAUUUUGAAGAUGGGAAGUCAAUGAAAUUGUUGAAUGAUGAAAAUCUUAUUUUUCAUCAAGACUCUGCGCUAGGUGUCCCAAUUCACUUUCAAAAUGAUGGUUCAGUUUUGUACUUGCUGACUCAUGCAUUUUUGCCGCCAACUCUGGAGUCUGUUGAGCAGUGGCUUUUGGAAGGAAUGCAAGGAAAUCAUCUGAAUCUUUCUGCAGGAAACGCUUGUGGUGAAGUUUCAGCGAACGCUAUUGAUUCUCAUUGUUUGAAGCCUGACCUAUCAAGUCAAGCAAGCAUAGAAGUUAUGGGGGCUAAGAAUCAUGAUUCCCGAGUUGACGUCAGUUCUACUGGGAAACAAGGGACAUCUCUACAUUUUAAGGGAAAUGUUAUUAACAAUGACUUUCAUGAUCUCUCUCAGAUUUCAGGUCCAUAUAAAGAGGAUAAAUUGGGUCUCACACCGCUUAGCCAAACUGGUUUUCGUGACCCUGCAAGUAUUGGUGGUGGACAGCAACUUACAGUAUUAAGCAUGGAGGUGCUGGCAGAAUCAAGAGGAGACCUACUACCUGACCCCAAAGUUGAUGCCAUCAAUGUUAUAUCUCUUGCAAUUCAGGAGGAUUCAAAUCAUGCAAUUGAAGUUCAUAUUCUUAUGCGUUGUAACAGUGAUGAACUAUUUCGCAGACAUGUUGAUGGAGUUUCCAAUUGCCAGUUUAGUAGCUUCAAUGAUGAAAAGCUCUUGUUGGACCACUUUGUGGGGAUGAUUACUUCGUUUGACCCAGAUAUUCUAAUGGGCUGGGAAAUUCAAGGUGGCUCUCUUGGUUUUCUUGCUGAAAGAGCAGCACAUCUUGGUGUAAAUUUACUUAAGAAAAUAUCUCGCGUACCUUCCCAUGAAACAAAAUUCAAAGCCAGUGAUUUGGCUAACCCUGAACCGAGUAAUGAACAGAAUAUGAUGUUAGUUUCUGAUACUGUUCCUGAUGUUUCAAUAAUUGAAGAUGAAUGGGGUCGCACGCAUGCCAGUGGCAUACAUGUAACUGGAAGGAUUGUGCUUAAUAUUUGGCGGUUGAUGAGGGCUGAGCUAAAUCUUAACAUGUAUAGUGUCGAAGCUGUGGCUGAGGAAGUUCUGAGGCGUAAGAUUCCAUCAAUUUCAAGUCAAGUGCUGAAAAAUUGGUUCUUAAGUGGUCCAGGCCGAGCAAGAUAUCGAUGUAUUGAAUAUGUCAUAGAGAGGGCCAAACUUAAUCUUGAGAUAAUGAAUCAGCUGGACAUGAUUAAUCGAACGUCUGAGCUCGCUCGGGUUUUUGGCAUCGACUUCUUCUCUGUUCUUUCUAGAGGGUCGCAGUUUCGUGUUGAAUCUAUGCUCUUAAGGUUGGCUCAUACACAAAAUUAUCUUGCUAUAUCACCGGGAAAUCAGCAGGUAGCUGCUCAACCUGCAAUGGAGUGUUUACCACUUGUGAUGGAACCAGAAUCUGGCUUCUAUGCUGACCCGGUUGUAGUAUUAGAUUUCCAAUCCCUUUACCCGUCAAUGAUAAUAGCAUACAACCUUUGUUACAGUACAUGCUUGGGAACAGUUGCUUCUUUCAAAGCAAAUAUACUUGGCGUCACCUCUUAUUUGGCAGAUCCACUGCUUUUGAAGGAUUUAAAACAACAACUGCAGCUGACUCCAAACGGCAUCAUGUAUGUCUCGUCGAAGGUACGUAGAGGUGUACUACCCCGUCUCUUAGAAGAAAUAUUAUCAACUAGGAUAAUGGUAAAGAAGGCAAUGAAGAAACUAGAGCCUUCACAAAAAGUUUUACAAAGGAUAUUUAAUGCACGUCAACUUGCUCUGAAACUGAUAGCAAAUGUGACUUAUGGCUAUACUGCUGCUGGCUUUAGUGGCCGCAUGCCUUGUGCAGAACUUGCAGAUAGUAUUGUCCAAUGUGGUAGAAGAACAUUGGAAAGAGCAAUCUCAUUUGUGAAUCAACAUGAUAAAUGGAAAGCUAGGGUUGUCUAUGGUGAUACUGAUAGCAUGUUCGUGCUUCUUAAAGGCCGGUCAAGGGAAGAGGCAUUCAGAAUAGGAAAUGAGAUUGCCUCUGCAAUAACUUCAAUGAAUCCAGACCCAGUCACUCUAAAAAUGGAAAAAGUUUAUCACCCAUGCUUUCUUCUUACCAAGAAACGUUAUGUUGGUUACAGCUAUGAGACUCCUGAUCAAGAGAAGCCCAUUUUUGAUGCAAAAGGUACCGAAACAGUACGCAGAGACACGUGUCCAGCUGUUGCAAAGACUUUGGAGCGGUCUAUAAGAUUGUUUUUCGAGCAUCAAGAUAUAUCAGCAAUUAAAACUUAUUUGCAACGUCAAUGGAGAAGAAUUUUAUCCGGAAAAGUUUCACUUCAGGAUUUUGUGUUUUCGAAGGAGGUUAGGUUGGGUACAUACAGUUCCAGAGCUUCUACUCUCCCUCCUGCAGCAAUAGUUGCAACCAAAGCUAUGCAAAAUGAUCCCAGAGCGGAGCCUCGGUAUGGAGAGCGAAUACCUUAUGUUGUUAUACAUGGGGAACCCGGUGCUAGGCUUGUAGACAUGGUCGUCAGUCCAUAUGUACUUUUAGAUAUCAAUUCUGCAUAUAGAUUGAAUGAAUUAUAUUAUAUCAAGAAACAGAUAAUUCCAGCAUUGCAGCGGGUCUUUGGUCUUGUUGGUGCUGACCUUAACCAAUGGUUUUCAGAUCUUCCUCGCCUGGUUAGACCAACCUUGGCUAAACGCCAUAAUAUUGUCCCUCGUUCAGAGUCUUUGAAUGAAAUUGAUAGUGACAUCAGAUCCGAAAGUUCUAAGAUGUUACCAUCCAAAAGAAGAAGGAUAGAUGCCUAUUAUAUCUCAAAGCAUUGCACUUUGUGCGGUAAGCUGGCUCAGGCAUCAGCCUAUUUAUGCGAUCAGUGCUCAAUGAAAGAAUCUCUUGUUGCAGCAGCUGUGAUUGGGAACACAUCUAAAUUGGAGAGGGAGAUCCAACAUUUGGUUUCUAUAUGUAGGCACUGUGGUGGUGGUGAUUGGAUAAUAGAAGGCGGAGUAAAGUGCACCUCACUUGCAUGUUCAGUUUUUUAUGAGAGGCGAAAAAUCCAGAAAGAAUUACAAGCCACUUCCUCUUUGGCAGCAGCAGCAGAAUUCUAUCCAAGGUGCAUGGUGGAGUGGUUUUAACUUGUAAAUACUCAUGUGUACUAUGAUGUAUUCUUCUUGUAGAUUAGCUCUGUACAUAUGUUGAUUGUUGUAUUUUACAUGUACAAUACAUUAGAAAUGUACCAUAUGUUCCAAUUAAUAAUUAUAUUCUAAUAAAUCCUUCACUUGCCUAAACAAUUACUCGACAAAGACACUUCAGAAACAGCAGCGUGCUUCCCAUUACUCAAAAGCCAAAUAGUUGG